AUGAGGACUUAUUUGGUAAUCGCUGUCGGCCUCCUUCUGGGCGCUGAUGCCGCUGUAUUGGCGAGUAGAAAUGGAACUGCAUCUUGUCCUGGAUACCAGGCGAGCAAUGUGAGGACUCGGAAUGGCGCUGUCGUCAGUGCAGACCUGACCCUUGCGGGUCCUGCUUGCAAUGUAUAUGGCACCGAUUUGGAUAACCUGAAACUUGAAAUUGAGUAUGAGACUGAUAAGCGAGUCCAUGUCAAAAUUUACGAUGCUGCUGAGCAGGUUUACCAAGUGCCAACAUCGGUUCUACCUCGCCCCGACAGCAACAAUGGACAUCCAGUAAAAUCAGACUUUAAAGUGUCAAUCGAAAAGAAUCCGUUUUCAUUGAAAGUCACACGUCGGUCUACCAACGAAGUCCUCUUCGAUACGUCCGGUCAUCCAUUGAUAUUUGAGUCGCAAUAUCUUGGAUUGCGCACAAGUCUUCCAGACUCUCCCAAUCUCUACGGCCUGGGUGAGAGCACCGACUCGUUUCGGUUACAGACAGACAACUAUAUACGGACACUCUGGUCUCGCGAUGCUUAUCUCACUCCCCAGAAUUCCAAUUUGUACGGAAAUCACCCUGUAUACUUUGAUCAUCGUGGUAGCAAAGGUACACAUGCCGUUUUCCUCUUGAAUAGCAAUGGAAUGGAUAUCAAGAUCAAUAAAGACUCUGAUGGUCAAUACCUCGAGUACAACACUCUUGGUGGCAUUUUUGACUUCUACUUCUUGGCCGGGCCGACUCCCAAAGAUGUCGCGGUUCAGUAUUCAGAGACUAUUGGUAAGGCUGUUAUGAUGCCAUACUGGGGAUUUGGCUUCCACACCUGCAGAUAUGGGUAUCAGGAUAUCUAUGAGGUGGCCGAAGUCAUUGCUAAUUACAGUGCUGCUAAUAUUCCACUGGAGACACAAUGGACGGAUAUCGAUUAUAUGGACUUGAGAAAGGUGUUCACUUUGGACCCUCUUCGUUACCCACUCCACCUCGUUCGUGAGGUUGUUUCAUAUCUCCAUGACCAUAAUCAGCAUUACAUCGUUAUGGUCGACCCUGCCGUGUCUUACUCUGACUACCCUGCGUUUAAUGAUGGCGUAAAAGACGACGCCUUCUUGACCACUUCAAACGGAUCUGUUUAUCAGGGAGUCGUCUGGCCAGGAAUUGCUGCCUUCCCGGAUUGGUUUGCUCCAAAAACGCAAGACUACUGGAACGGCCAAUUUUCAAGCUUCUUCAGUGCAGAUACCGGUGUCGAUAUUGAUGCUCUGUGGAUCGAUAUGAACGAAGCCUCGAACUUUUGCCCCUGGCCGUGCUCAGACCCAGCAGCCUUUGCACAGUCGAAUGGUGACCCGCCUAACCCCCCUGCCGUUCGACUGUCUGCACCACGACCUAUACCCGGCUUUGGGCCCGAUUUUCAACCUAAAUGUGUCGCUUCGGUGUCAUUUACCGUCCAUGCAGAGACAUACAACGGAGAGAAUAUCUACAUUCUCGGUAGCUCGCCCAGUUUGGGAGAGGGGGACUCCCACAAUGCCGUUGCUAUGAGCGCCGCUAACUACCCUGAAUGGCAAGUCACGGUUGAUAUGCCGGUCAAUGGUACAUUCACGUAUGAGUACAUUCGCAGGGAGUCCGACGGUAGCUGGAUUUAUGAGAAGCAAAAUCGCACAAUCACUACAGGUGAUUGCGAAACUGGCGUACAACAAGUCUCUGGCAACAUCACUACAAACUCUGGGCCGCAAAAGCGAUCUCUUGACUCUUCUUUGGCACCCAUGACACGAUCGCAGACCCCACGUGAUAUUGCGCAGAAGCGUGAUGGUUCUAUGUCCGGCCUGCCCGGAAGGGAUCUUCUAGACCCUGCGUAUCACAUCAACAAUACUGCGGGCUCAAUCAGCAACUUGACUAUUCGGACGGAUCUGCAUCAUUCCAACGGCCUCGCUUUGUAUGAUACUCACAAUUUCUACGGUAGCAUGAUGAGUUCUGCUAGCCGCGACGCUAUGCUUGGCCGCCGGCCAUCCGUACGCCCCAUGGUUAUUACACGGUCCACUUUUGCCGGUGCAGGACGUCAAGUUGGCCACUGGCUAGGAGACAAUAAUGCCGACUGGGACCACUACCGUUGGACUAUCUAUGAACUGCAGGAGUUUGCUGCCCUCUACCAAAUCCCUAUGGUAGGCAGCGACGUAUGUGGUUUUGCUGGUGAUACGACAGAUGAGCUCUGCUCUCGCUGGAUCUUUGUUGGUGCUUUCUCGCCCUUUUUCCGCUCCCACCAAAACCUAGGUACCGUACCACAUGAAUUCUACAGGACACCCAUGAUAGCCGCCGCCGCCCGAGCAGCCAUCGACAUCCGCUAUCGCCUCCUCGACUACGCUUACACUGCCAUGUGGACGCAGACACAGACCGGAAUACCCAUGAUUAACCCGAUUUUCUUCGAGUAUCCUCAUGAUGACAACACGGUGGACCUGCCAUACCAAUUCUUCUAUGGCUCAAGCAUCUUGGUAGCCCCAGUUACCGAGGAAAACUCCACCUCGGUAUCCAUCUAUCUACCCAAGGAUCUAUUCUACGAUUUCUACACUGGUGCCCCUGUUCAGGGACAAGGGAAAACGGUCCAGCUAACCGAUGUUGCCUUCGACACGGUUCCAUUGUACUACAAGAGUGGCAGUAUCAUUCCGCAGCGCAUAGCUUCCGCUAACACGACAGUAUUGCUCCGUCAGCAGAACUUUGAAAUCGUAGUUGCGCCUGAUUUCCAUGGCCGAGCAUCCGGAACAUUGUAUCUUGAUGAUGGAGACAGCAUUGAGCAGCCGCAUACCUCAGAAAUCUUUUUUGAGUACUACAACGGUAUUUUCUUGAUCACUGGCAAGUUCGGAUAUAAUGCUGGCGAUGUGGCGAUCAGUCAGAUUCGGGUCUUAGGUGAAAAUGCGAAAAACCAUACUGUUAAUGUCAAAUUGACCGGCGACUAUCACGGAAAAUUGAACUAG